GUUCUGCAGCCACACAGUGGCCAGAGAGUUUAAGUCUCCGAUGGCUGUUCUCCUAGUCCCCAAGAGUUGAACCAGAAAGCCUUUCACUUUGCACCGAGUCCAGAACGUGACCAGCCCUUCAGAGAAGGGACCUCCUUCUAGUGGGAACCCGGCUGGGAAACGCAGGACAGUCUCCACCUAAGGAGAAGAUGCAUGUUCCAGCGGUGUGAGGUGCCAGCCAGCUGUUUGAAAACAGGAAGAGGGGACUGGGGUUGCAAAUUAACCCUGGUAUCGCGGACAGAUAUUCUGGCCAGUCCAAUGUGUGUUAGCAAAGACGGCAGCUCCAGGGUAUAAAACUGUCACAGCAGUGUGGAAGACAGAUGAUUCAGAUGCUGGGGACUUUUUUCUUUUGCGUGCUAUUCAGAUUUGUUUGUCAUCCAUGCAGUUAAGCAGGUGUUGAGGGAAAGCUAAGAGAAUGAAGGCUCUAAGUCCCCAGUGGAAGCAUGAUAUGGCGGAGCAGAGCUGGUGCUGAAUUGUUCUCUCUGAUGGCUCUAUGGGAGUGGAUAGCCCUGAGUCUCCAUUGCUGGGUUUUAGCCGUUGCUGCUGUGUCGGAUCAGCAUGCCACAAGCCCCUUCGACUGGCUCCUCUCUGAUAAGGGACCCUUCCAUCGCUCACAGGAAUACACAGAUUUUGUGGACAGAAGCCGGCAGGGAUUUAGCACCAGAUACAAGAUAUACAGGGAGUUUGGCCGCUGGAAAGUAAAUAACCUUGCAGUUGAGAGAAGAAAUUUCCUUGGCUCCCCUCUGCCUCUUGCCCCUGAAUUCUUCCGCAACAUAAGACUUUUGGGACGUCGACCUACCCUUCAGCAAAUCACAGAAAACCUUAUCAAGAAAUAUGGGACACAUUUCUUGCUAUCUGCUACUCUGGGAGGAGAGGAGUCACUCACCAUUUUUGUGGACAAGCGGAAGCUGAGCAAACGAUCUGAAGGCAGUGAUUCCAGCACCAACAGCUCGUCGGUCACCCUGGAGACCCUCCACCAACUCGCCGCCUCCUAUUUCAUCGACAGGGACAGCACCCUGCGGAGACUUCACCACAUUCAGAUUGCGUCGACUGCCAUAAAGGUAACAGAAACACGGACGGGUCCUCUUGGCUGCAGUAACUAUGACAACCUAGAUUCUGUCAGUUCUGUUCUGGUUCAGAGUCCUGAGAAUAAGAUUCAGUUGCAAGGGCUUCAAGUACUCCUUCCAGACUAUCUUCAGGAGCGUUUUGUACAAGCAGCUUUGAGCUACAUUGCUUGCAAUUCAGAGGGAGAGUUUAUCUGCAAGGACAAUGACUGCUGGUGUCACUGUGGUCCCAGAUUUCCAGAAUGCAAUUGCCCCUCCAUGGAUAUUCAAGCCAUGGAAGAAAAUCUUCUUCGAAUAACUGAAACCUGGAAAGCCUACAACAGUGACUUCGAGGAAUCAGAUGAAUUCAAAUUCUUCAUGAAAAGGCUCCCCAUGAAUUACUUCCUCAACACAUCCACCAUCAUGCAUUUGUGGACAAUGGAUUCUAAUUUUCAGCGCCGCUAUGAACAACUGGAAAACAGCAUGAAGCAGCUUUUCCUCAAGGCGCAGAAAAUCGUGCACAAGCUCUUUAGCCUUAGCAAGAGGUGUCAUAAACAGCCCCUCAUCAGCCUGCCGAGACAAAGAGUUGGCUCUUGUGGGAAUUUUACAGAAACGCAGUCAGAUGUCUUUGUGACUGGCUUCUUUCGCUUUCCAUAA